UAGGAUUUUAAUGGUUAAGUCUUCGUUUAUUAAGAAAUCAAUACUUGACUCUUUUUUCAAUACAAAUUCUAAGAAUUCAGAAAAAAAGGAUGAAUCUAAAGAUGAGAAUAAUUCAUUAGUUAAAAAAAGAAAAAUAUUUAAGGAAUUAUCAGGAAAUAAGGAAAAUAAAGGAGAUUCCGAGUCAAUUUUUCCUAAUACGAGUGAAUCUUGUUCUAUAUCAUGUGUUUUGGAAGAUAAGAAUGUAGAAAAAUCUGAAUUUAAUCAAUUUUUAUCAGAAAAUGAGAAAAAUAGUUUACAGAAAGAACCUAUUUUAUAUUCAUUUCUUUGCGAAACUUUUGAAAAAAUAGAGAGUACAUCUAAGAGGCUAGAUAUUCUUUCUUAUACUAUAGAUUUUUUGUUUUCAGUAUUAAAAAAAUCUCCGGAAAAUUUACUUCAGUGUGUAUAUUUAAUGAUAAAUAGAAUAUCAUCUGAUUAUCAGGGGUUAGAACUAGGAAUUGGUGAAUCCUUAUUAAUUAAAGCAAUUGGAGAAUCUAUGGGUCGAAGUAUAACAAAAAUAAAAGAAGAUUAUAAAGAAUAUGGUGAUCUUGGUCUUGUUGCAAUGAAUUCACGGAACAAUCAACCUACAAUGUUCAAAUUUUCGGUCCUUACUGUGCCUAACGUGUUCAAAUCUUUAAAAGAAAUAGCUACAACAUCUGGAAAGGAUUCACAAGUAAAAAAGUUGGGAAUUAUAAAAAAGCUUUUAUCAUCUGCAAAUGGGAAUGAAACAAAAUUUAUUAUACGUUCGUUAGAAGGAAAAUUAAGAAUUGGGUUAGCAGAAAAAACCGUUUUAAUAUCUUUGGCACAUGCAGUAAAAAAAAUGGAGAUUGAAAGAGAUAAUUCAAUUGUUACUCCUUCUUGUCUCACGAAUGCGGAGAAUAUUAUUAAACAAGUUUUUAGCCAGGUUCCUUCUUAUGAUAUAAUUGUUCCUACACUUCUUACUCAUGGUAUUCAAGAUCUUUCUAAAUAUUGCAAAUUGACUUCAGGAAUUCCUUUGAAACCUAUGUUAGCAAAACCUACAAAGACAAUUUCUGAAGUCCUUGAUAGAUUUGAAAAUCAUAGUUUUACAUGUGAAUACAAGUAUGAUGGUGAACGAACACAAAUCCAUCUUACAAAUAAUGGUGAAAUUAAAAUAUUUUCAAGAAAUUCAGAAAAUAUUUCAGAUAAAUAUCCCGAUAUUAUCGAAAUUAUACCAAAAGUUACUAAAGAUGGGGUAACAAGCUUUGUAUUAGAUUGCGAAUCAGUUGCAUGGGACAGAAUAAAAAAAAUGAUUCAACCUUUCCAAAUUUUAAGUACAAGAAAAAAAAAAGAAGUUAAUGUCGAAUCAAUUAAGGUCAAUAUUUGUAUAUUUGCGUUUGAUAUAUUAUAUUUAAAUGGAGAACCUCUUAUAUUUAAACCACUUAAUGAGAGAAGAGAUAUAUUGUUUCAAUCUUUUAAACCUUUAGAAGGAACUUUUUCUUUUGUUCAAUUUAAUGAUGCAAAAUCUCUAGAAGAUAUUCAAAUGUUUCUAGAAAAAAGUAUUCAAGAUAGUUGUGAAGGUUUAAUGAUUAAAAUGCUUGAUGGUGAAGAAUCAGCAUAUGAACCCUCUAAAAGAAGUAGAAAUUGGUUAAAAAUUAAAAAAGAUUAUAUGUCAAAUAUUGGCGAUUCUUUGGAUUUAGUUGUUUUAGGAGGAUUUUAUGGUAAAGGGAAACGUACAAAUACAUAUGGAGCAUAUUUACUUGGAUGCUAUAAAUCGGAUAAAGGUGUUUAUGAGACAAUUUGUAAGCUUGGUACUGGAUUUUCAGACGAAAUAUUAGAAUCGUAUGCUUCUUUUUUUAAUAAUCAUAUUUUAGAACAUAAAAAGUCAUAUUAUCAUCAUAGUGCAAAAGGUGAACAGCCUGAUGUAUGGUUUGAACCUGUAGCUGUAUGGGAAGUUUUAGCUGCCGAUUUAAGUAUCAGUCCAAAAUAUUUGGCUGCUGUCGGAAUGGUCGAUCCUAAUAAGGGUAUAUCUUUAAGAUUUCCUAGAUAUAUUAGAGCUAGAAAUGAUAAAACUCCUGAACAAGCAACAACCUCUCAACAAGUCGCUCAAAUGUAUCAGGCUCAAAUAUCUAGACUUAAAAGCACAUUUAAACAUGAUCCAGAUGAUGAUUAUGAUUAUUGAUAUAACUUUAUUCUAUUCUUAACAAAUAUUUC